AUGUCUUUUCAGGCCCUUCCUCCAGAGAUCAUUUCCUUGGUUGUUCGCUUCGUUGCUGACGUCCAUCCUCUCAGUGUCUUUCGCCUGCUGCGAGUCAACAAGCGAUGCUUCGCCUUAGCUCUGUCAGUAGCAAAGUCACUCGUCUUCCAUACAAUCCGCUUGCAAUUUUGUCACCGUGAACGCAUUGACCAUCAAGUCGCAACGGUCUGCGCGAAGUUGCAAAAGGCUGAUGCCUUUCCUUAUGUCAGGCGGCUGAUCAUUGAGGGCUUUCUCGCGCAAGAUCCCCCUGAAGUGGACUAUGAUGACGAGUGGUUUCCAGCCCCAGUCUCACGUUUCUCACCGUUAAAUCGCGAUCCGCGAGAUGCGUAUGAUUUUGAAGAGGAGCUCGACGGCACAGGAUUGGACGUAUGUUGUCGCGACAGAGACAUUGACUAUGAAUGUUGGGGAAGUGUCGCGGAGUUGAUUAAGAGACUCCCUGCCCUUGACAACCUUCAUCAUUUGCACUACGAACAGUUUCCCCCUUGCCUGCUUCAGGCACUGCAUCAAUACCGACCUGAGUGCAGACUGCAUUUGCAUUCAUUCGUGCUGCGGAGUAUAUGGAAGCCUACCGCUGAGGAACAUGAAUAUUGCCUAGUCACCUCGCCGUCUCUGCAUAGUAUCACUCCCUACUAUGUCACAUCGAGACCAGAAGGUAUUUGGCAGAAGCAAAGCUUCGUGCGAAUCCUGGGCCUCGCCCCCAACUUGAAAGUGAUAUAUCCAAGGGCAGACGAUGGUUCCUAUAAUGCGUCAGGAGCCGGAAUGACCAAAUUGACACGAAACCCAGGCGACGAACAUCCAGCCGCAAUAGAAUGUCUUCGAGUCAAACACUCCUACUACCCCAUGCUUGCUGCUGCACUGGAGGAAUGGGCUCCGUACAUUGAUUUCUCCACCGUGCAGAUUCUUGACCUGGGGUCAUCCAUCCAGGGAGAAGCUCUCGCAGCCUGGUCAGACCAUCUUCAUUUCCCGGCCCUUCGAACGUUGCGCUUGUUCCUUGGUACUAAAGAGGGUGGAGUAGAACAAGCACCUGAAUUUUACCCGCAAGCAACAAGAUUUCUCCAGAGCCUGCCGUCACUAUCAGAGAUCUACCUGAUUGCAUGGCACUCACAGCUGUCCAUAGGGGCGUUAGCGAAGCAUCACGGACCUCGUUUACGCAAGCUGUCUGUGGCCGGUCUGCCCUGGCAAUGUUUCAGCGAGCACGAUAUCCUCCAGCUCGGCAGAUAUUGCCCUCUACUGGAGAAGAUGAGCAUCCCUAUCCGCCGUACCCAAGGAGACGCCCGGGAAGUGGCUCUCUACAAGGCGUUGGGCACAAUCAGAAACCUGAAGUUCCUCGACCUGACAUUGGACGUCUCUGAUCCGACCUUGUACCAGGAGGCUUCCAUUGACCCGGACUGGGACGACUUUGACAAUCAAUACACCAAGGAAGAUCUUGGAGGUAUCAACCAGAGCCGCAACGGACACAUCCGGAACCUUCUGGUCAAUACCCUCAUUGACGAACCUCUUGCGUCCUCGAUCUUCGAGGUCAUUUCGACUGCAAAAUCCCACGACGCACCAGCCCUCGAGCGGCUGACCUUAUCAAUACAAGGGCAGGCUGUCCCGCGCUACCGUCCGCAAUGCUGGUUCUCUUAUCUUGUGAGGUUCUUCGCUUCGGAGUGGACCAUCCAUCGCGAUAUCCGCUACGAGCACCGGGACAGAUAG